UCGAAAUUUACUGAAACUACUUUAUUUUUCUCCUUCUCUCUCAAGUGUCAAGAUUCAAAGAGUGGCUUAAACCCAAAACGGAACAUUAAUGGAUGUUAGUAUGAGUUUUUCACAAGAUAUGGAUAAUGAGUAUGAGAAACUUAUAAGAAGAAUGAAUCCACCAAGGGUUGUGAUUGAUAAUGACUCUUGCAAGAAGGCAACUGUAAUAAGGGUGGAUAGUGCAAAUGAAUAUGGGAUUCUUCUUGAAGUUGUACAAAUCCUUACUGAUCUUAACCUUACUAUCACUAAGGCGUACAUAUCUUCUGAUGGUGGUUGGUUUAUGGAUGUAUUUAAUGUUACUGAUCAAGAUGGUAACAAAGUCACUGAUGAAGUUGUUCUUGACUAUAUCCAAAAGUCUCUGGGGCCUGAAGCUUGUUUCUCCACUUCCAUGAGAUCAGUUGGUGUCAUACCAUCAACAGACAGCACGGUUAUUGAGUUAACCGGAUGUGACAGACCAGGCUUGCUGUCUGAACUGUCAGCUGUCUUGACCCAUCUCAAAUGCAGUGUCCUAAACGCUGAGAUUUGGACACAUAACACCAGAGCAGCUGCUGUGAUGCAGGUCACAGAUGACUCGACGGGGUGUGGCAUUUCUGAUCCAGAGAGGUUGUCUCGGAUCAAGAACCUCCUCAGAAAUGUGCUUAAAGGAAGCAACACACCAAGGGAAGCUAAAACCGUAGUGUCUCACGGUGAGGUUCACACGGAUAGGAGGCUUCAUCAGAUGAUGUUUGAAGAUAGAGACUAUGAACACCGUUUGGUGGACGAUGAGUCCUCCAUCCAAGAUGAAAGGCAAAGACCGGAUGUUUGUGUUGAUAAUUGGCUCGAUAAGGAUUACUCUGUGGUCACAGUUAGAUGUAAAGACAGACCAAAGCUUCUGUUUGACACAGUCUGCACUUUGACUGAUAUGCAGUAUGUGGUUUUCCAUGGAAGUGUUGAUACUGAGGGCACAGAGGCAUAUCAGGAGUAUUAUGUGAGACAUAUAGAUGGAUCCCCUGUAAAAUCAGAGGCAGAGAAGCAAAGAGUCAUACAAUGUCUUGAAGCAGCUAUCAAAAGAAGAGUAUCUGAGGGAUUGAAGUUGGAACUGUGCACGACGGAUAGAGUAGGCUUAUUGUCAAAUGUGACCCGCAUAUUCCGUGAAAACAGCCUAACAGUCACAAGAGCUGAAGUGAAAACCAAAGGAGGAAAAGCUCUAAACACAUUCUAUGUCAGCGAUGCAUCUGGUUACUCAAUCGAUGCUAAGACCAUAGAUUCCAUAAGGCAAACCAUAGGCCAAACUAUCCUCAAAGUCAAAAACAACCCUCAAGAACAACAACAAAGACAGAAAUCGCCUUCUCACGAAUCCCCAACCAGGUUUCUCUUUGGGGGUCUCUUCAAGUCGAAAUCUUUUGUCAACUUUGGCUUGGUCCGAUCCUACUCUUGAAGAAGAACUUCACUUAGCUGUGAGGUUCAAUCUCCUCUAGGUUUUAACUGCUUUAAAAUUGAGAAGAAUCUGUAAAUUUAUCACCAGAUAUAAUCUUAAAUUCUUGGUCUAGGAUCCAACUAGUUGAUGUCAUGACUAAGUGUCAAGUGUUAACCUUCUCUUGUAUAUAUAUCAAAUCCUCAUUAUCUUCUUCUUCAGAUUAUUUCUGUCAAAUGAAAAUUUCCAUGGCCU